GGUUCAAUCUUCAACCACUCGGAGCGGCCAAACGUGUCGUAUACUUGUGACUCGAAGACGGAGUCGAUACGCUACAUAACUACGCGAACGGUUUUGCCCGACGAGGAGCUGUGUAUAUUCUACGGGCAUAAGCUGUGGUUUGACCCAGUCGACGCGACAGCAACGGACUACGCUGGUGCCGAGAUAGACGAAGAGAUGGACGAUGGAUGGGGCGGCCUUGCUAGCCUCGAUGGCGUAGACGAUGGUGGCACGCUAGACGAGCUCUUCAAUGGGUUCGAAAAUGGCAGCCCGGAAGAAAUCGUGCUCGAAGAUGCACUACCCUUCACGCGCUUGAAGCUCACACCGGAGGACGAAGAAGAAGAAGACAUGGACGCCAUCAGGAAAGAGGAAGCUUGGGCCGUAGAUCUACCGGACCCUCGUCUCGCAGCCGUGAUGCUGAAAUGGUUAAAGCAAAGCGGGCUUGACACACCCGCUAUGGCUCAUUUAAAGCGCAUCCGCAAGCUCGAUGACAAGAUGAGCAUGGUGCUCAUCCUCACUCGCGAGCACCCGGACCCACCUGCGUUUCCCCCUGACAUCGACCUCCCACCUCCGUACAUCCUCACGGUUGCAAAGACGUCAGCGCUGACGAUGACGUCGCUCAAACUCAAGUCAUCCCUCUGGCCGACGAUCUAUACCCCGCGAAAGAAGUUCGAGCCUGAGCCAUGGUCGAGAAGCAAGGUCCGAUGGGCAUGCGAGGCGAUGAAGGAAGUGGUAAAAGUAGCGCGGAGCGCCGCCCAACAAGACGAGACCCCCAUAGCUGCGUACGUGCCUGUACCCUGGGACGAAGAGACGCGAGUCGCCACGCGGAUGCUGGAACCACUCAACGCACACGAUACGCGGCAAUCCGCCGCACAUCCCCUCCGACACUGCUUCAUCAACCUCGUUCGCGCCGUGGGAGAGCUACGAGCAUCCUCGACAUCUAUCGACCCUAUCUCGCCUGUGCCUGUCCCCGACGUCCCCUCGCCUGCACCCGCCGUCGACGUCUCCUCGUCUGCGGUCCCCCUCGACCCAGUUGACGCCGCCCUGACGCCGGAACGCUCGCAAACACCCUCCGCGCAGUCGCAAGCGGAGGUCCGGAACGGGGCGCACUACCUCCUAACGUCCCUCACGCUCUUCACCACCCACGAGCCGUGCGUGAUGUGUAGCAUGGCGCUCCUCCACUCGCGCGUGAGAGAGGUGUUCUACCUGUUCCCGAUAGAGAAGACAGGCGGAUGUGGGAGCAUCACUUGCGUGCCGAGACUGGAGGGAGUCAACCAUCGAUUCGCGGUGAACAAGUGGAAGCUGGAUGGGAGGAAGAUGGAGGAUUGGAUGGAAAAGGCCGGAUUGGUUGUCGAGGGCUCCUGUGAUGCAUGA